UGCGCUCCGUACUUCACCACGAGGGUCGGCAUCUCUACUUACUUCGCAGUCUUCCUCAUCCCGCACCAUCGGAGUUGUGUGGCCCCGAGUCUCUCCGCUCCGUGCAGCCAGCAUGCCGGCCCAGGUCCUCAGCGGGAAGGUGGUCUCCGGACUUGUCCGAGAGCGUCUGAAAAAUGAAGUUGCGGCCAUGCAGGAGAAGUACGCCGGUUUCCGUCCAGGUCUCGCCAUUGUGCAGGUGGGAGACCGGGACGACUCCAACCUGUACAUCAGUGUGAAGCUGAAAGCCGCCUCCGAGAUUGGUAUUAACGCCAACCAUAUCAAGCUGCCCAGGACUGCGACAGAGGCCGAGGUGCUGAGCAGAAUAAAGUUGAUUAACGAGGAUCCAGCGCUUCAUGGGUUAAUCGUUCAGCUGCCCCUGGAUUCGGAGCACAAAAUUGACACCGAGAAAGUCACCAACGCCGUAUCGCCUGCCAAGGACGUGGACGGGCUAACCAGCAUUAAUGCAGGAAAGCUGGCCAGGGGGGACCUCGGAGAUUGCUUCAUCCCGUGUACACCUAAAGGAUGCCUGGACCUUCUCCGACAGACAGGAGUGCAGAUUGCAGGGAAGAGAGCGGUGGUCAUCGGGCGCAGUAAGAUUGUGGGAGCUCCUAUGCACGACCUGCUGUUGUGGAACCACGCCACGGUCACCACCUGUCACUCAAAGACGGAGGCGCUCAGCGAGGAGGUGAGCAGAGCGGACAUUCUUGUCGUGGGCGCCGGUAAACCGGAGAUGGUUAAAGGCGACUGGAUCAAGCCCGGGGCCAUUGUGAUUGACUGCGGCAUUAACUAUGUACCAGAUGCCACCAAACAGUCGGGCAAGCGAGUAGUUGGGGACGUAGCCUACGAGGAAGCGAAGGAGAAGGCAUCCUAUAUAACUCCGGUCCCCGGCGGGGUCGGCCCUAUGACGGUGGCCAUGCUGAUGGAGAACACGGUGGAGAGCGCAAAACGUUACCUGGAAGACUAUCAGCCGCACACGUGGAACAUGGAGUACACCAAGCUCCAGGUGCAGACCCCUGUACCCAGUGACAUUGAGAUCUCGCGUUCCUGUGUGCCAAAGUCCAUUUCUCGCCUUUCGGAAGAGAUCGGCUUGCGGUCAGAAGAGUUGGAGCUGUACGGACAGACUAAGGCCAAAGUUCUGCUGUCCACCAUCAAACGUCUGCAGGGGCAGAAGGACGGAAAAUAUGUGGUCGUCACUGGCAUCACACCAACCCCGCUGGGUGAAGGAAAGAGCACCACCACCAUUGGCUUGGUUCAGGCUCUUGGAGCUCAUCUGAACCUUAAUGUGUUUGCCUGUGUCAGACAACCGUCUCAAGGACCCACAUUUGGAAUUAAAGGGGGCGCCGCAGGAGGAGGAUAUUCACAGGUUAUUCCUAUGGAAGAGUUUAACCUCCAUCUCACUGGGGACAUACACGCCAUCACCGCCGCCAACAACCUAGUGGCAGCUGCCAUUGAUGCCCGGAUCUUCCACGAGCUAACACAGUCUGACAAGGCUCUGUACAGCCGGCUGGUCCCUUCCAGAAAUGAAGGGCGCACAUUCUCAGAUAUUCAGAUCAGAAGGCUUAAGAGACUGGGCAUCGAGAAAACAGACCCCGCCGCCUUGACGGAGGAAGAAAUCAACAAGUUUGUAAGGCUGGAUAUCGACCCCGACUCUAUAACGUGGCAGAGAGUAAUGGACACAAACGAUCGAUUCCUUCGGAAGAUAACUAUUGGCCAGUCUCCAACAGAGAAGGGGUUCACUAGGACGGCCCAGUUUGACAUCUCCGUUGCAAGUGAAAUCAUGGCCGUCUUGGCGCUCACCGAUGGUCUGGAUGACAUGAGGUCACGACUGGGUAAAAUGGUGGUGGCUUCCAGCAAACAAGGAGCUCCUGUCACUACGGAAGACUUGGGGAUAAGUGGUGCUCUGGCUGUCUUGAUGAAAGAUGCAAUCAAACCCAAUCUGAUGCAGACACUGGAGGGAAACCCUGUGUUCGUUCACGCCGGACCUUUUGCCAACAUUGCACAUGGCAACUCCUCUAUUCUGGCCGAUAAAAUUGCACUAAAAUUGGUUGGACCAGAAGGAUUUGUCGUGACUGAGGCCGGCUUUGGAGCGGACAUUGGAAUGGAAAAGUUUUUCAACAUCAAAUGCAGAUAUUCUGGUUUACGCCCUCAUGUGGUGGUUCUGGUAGCUACAGUGCGGGCACUGAAGAUGCAUGGGGGAGGCCCAACGGUUACUGCCGGAGUCCCACUGCCGAAGGAGUAUACAGAAGAGAACUUGGAGCUACUGGAAAAAGGAUGCAGUAAUCUCCAUAAACAGAUCCAGAAUGCCACCACGUUUGGCGUACCGGUGGUCGUCGCUGUCAACGCUUUCAAAACCGACACACAGGCGGAGCUGGAACUGGUCUGCCGUCUGGCUAAGGAAGCGGGGGCUUUUGAUGCUGUGAAGUGCACUCACUGGGCAGAAGGUGGGAAAGGCGCAGUAGAUCUGGCCCGAACCGUGCAGAAUGCAUCCGAGGCUCCGAGCGGAUUUAAAUUCCUGUAUGACGUGGAGUUGCCUAUUGCCGAUAAGAUCAGGAUAAUUGCACAGAAGAUAUAUGGUGCCGAUGACAUAGAACUGCUCCCCGAGGCACAGAAAAAGGCUGAGCGCUACACUAAACAGGGCUUUGCAAAUCUUCCAAUCUGUAUGGCCAAGACCCAUCUGUCCUUGUCUCAUAACCCAGAACUGAAAGGAGCACCGAAAGGCUUUGUCCUGCCUAUCCGAGACAUAAGAGCCAGCGUCGGGGCCGGCUUCUUGUACCCACUGGUCGGAACGAUGAGCACGAUGCCCGGCCUCCCCACCAGACCCUGCUUCUACGACAUCGAUCUGGAUCCCGUAACGGAGCAAGUGAAUGGAUUGUUUUAAAGUCACACAUCACAGGCUGUGACGCUGGAGAAUCUUCAAGGACGCCGUGGAGGAGCUGCCAAUGAGAUUCUGCCGCUUGAAUCUUUUUACUCGAUCGUAUUUGUAAAAGGUGUUUUAAGUGUAUUUUUCCCCUUGAGCAUUU